AUGGCUCCCGCCAAGUCUUCCAAAAACAAGUACUCUGUCAUUUUGCCGACGUACAAUGAGCGUCGAAACCUGCCCAUCAUGACGUGGUUGCUGAACCGCACCUUUACCGAAAACAACCUUGACUGGGAGCUCAUCAUCGUCGACGACGGCUCCCCCGACGGCACCCAAGAAGUUGCGAACCAGCUAGUCAAAGCGUACGCCCCUCAUGUCGUCCUCAAGACUCGCUCCGGCAAGCUCGGCCUCGGAACAGCCUACGUCCACGGGCUGCAGUUCGUCAAGGGCAACUUCGUCAUCAUCAUGGACGCCGAUUUCUCGCACCACCCCAAGUUCAUCCCGCAGAUGGUUGCGCUCCAGGAGCAGGGCAACUACGACAUCGUCACGGGCACGCGGUACGCCGGCAACGGUGGCGUCUACGGAUGGGACCUGAAGCGCAAGUUUGUCAGCCGCGGCGCCAACUUGUUCGCCGACACGGUGCUGCGUCCUGGCGUGAGCGACCUGACGGGCAGCUUCCGACUGUACAAGAAGAGCGUGCUGGAGAAGGUGAUUACGAGCACGGAGAGCAAGGGGUACAGCUUUCAGAUGGAGAUGAUGGUUCGAGCCAAGGCCAUGGGGUGCACGGUGGCCGAGGUGCCGAUUUCGUUUGUCGACCGGUUGUAUGGCGAGAGUAAGCUUGGUGGUUCUGAGAUUGUGGAAUACGCAAAGGGUGUGUUUUCACUGUGGUUGAAGGUAUAG